ACAUGACGAAGCUUCAGAGCGUCUGGAAAGCUGGAAGGGAGAACGGGCGCUUUGGGAGCGACCGCUGACAAUUUCAUUCCUGCAUCUGUACCUGCAGCACCACCCGGCUCGGUUCGGCUCCAACAACUUCACUAACUGUCCUGCUUCUUAGUUUCUGAGACCACUGUGGCGGCGAAGCUCCCAUCAAUUCCUCCGUCUCCCUAAGUGAACUUUAUAGGGAUGUUAGAUAUCGUGCAGCAUCAUUGUGCUGAAUGUCCAUAUAGUGCUGAAGUAUCUGUAGAACGGAUAUAGAAACUGAACGUCUGGAGAGAAUCCUUUUUCUUCCACUUGUCGUACUUUUUGUCCGGUUUGACACAACACAGAAGGGUGAGAGACGGCGUGUGUGUGCGCGUGUGUUUGAGAGUGUGCAGGAGAGAGAGACAUUGCACAGUUUUUUUUCCUUUGGAGCUACGCUUUCAUGCCGUCAGUUUUGCGCUCUUUGAGAUGGACGUAAGAUUUUAUCCAGCUCCCCCUUCCAGCGUGGGUUCAUGUACGUUACCGACUGACUCCGGGCUGGACUAUUAUCAUUCCAACAAGAACAGAUACGCUGCUGCAGACAGAGGCGUGAGGCUCUACAGUUCCCUGCCCAUGCGCCCAAACCCUGAUGGCAAGAGGCUGCCCUCUACUGGGUUUGAUGGUGAAAACAUGUACAUGAAUGAAAACAACCACGAGUUCCUCCCUCCAAACCACAGCUACACAGGCCAGACGGGCAGCGGCGGGGGAGGAGGCGGGGGAGGCGGCAGCUCAAGUGGAAACGGGACUGGGGACGAAGACUAUGAGAUCCCACCAAUCACUCCACCCAACCACCCCGAGCCACCUCUUCUUCACCUGAUGGAGCAUGACUCUACGGGCUACCUCUGUCAUUCGUUGCCACACAAUGGGCUCAUCAACCCAUACUCGUACACUGAGCUGCCAACACUCAUGAUGUCGAACAUGUUGGCACAGGACGGCCACCUUGUCUCCAGUCAAAUGCCCUCGAUGCAGGAGAUGGCUUUGCACCACCACCAACAGCAACACCAUCACCAGCACCCUGACGGCGCUCAUUACGAUCCUGCCCGUAACCACCCCAUGAUAAACAGCUCACCUCCGAUACUGCCCAACCCCAUGAGCGCACUGUCUCAGCUAAACCCUCAGGUCAGCCGGAGCGCACUGCCUCAUGGUUCCCCCUCGCCUCCUGGGAGUAAAUCAGCCACACCCUCUCCUUCAAGCUCCAAUCAGGAGGAGGAGACAGAUCCUCAUUCAAAGAUUGUCUUCCAGAUGACGGGUGAGAAACGGCCAUCUUCAGAGAUGAUGAAGCCCAAGCCCAAGCCCCAAAAGAAGAAGAAGAAGAAGGACCCUAAUGAGCCGACCAAGCCGGUGUCAGCCUACGCUUUGUUCUUCAGAGACACCCAGGCAGCCAUCAAAGGACAGAAUCCAAACGCAACCUUUGGAGAUGUUUCCAAGAUAGUCGCCUCCAUGUGGGAUGGACUGGGAGAGGAGCAGAAACAGAGCUACAAGAGGAAAACAGAGGCUGCUAAGAAGGAGUACCUGAAAGCCCUGGCCGCCUACAGAGCCAGUCUGGUUUCCAAGACGUAUAACGACCCUGGGGAGAAUAAAACUGCCCAAACGAGCCAGGCCUCUCCACAUAUGAUGCCAACCAACUCGCUGUACAGUGUGCCACCUCCCCCACAGCCGUCAUCGCCAUACCUGGGACCCGGGGCCUUCCCUCUAACCGACCUGCAGAGCUAUGCAGGCCACGCCCCACGCCACACUCUGUCACAGACCCUCAGCCAAUCCCCAAUGCUGCCCAGCAUUAGUGCCUCCCCACCUUCCUCCUUCCAGAUCAGCCCGCCGCUUCACCCCCACCAGCAGCUCUCCCUGCACCAGAGCUCGCUCCUCAACCAGCCCAUCCGAAUGCAGCAGGUCCAGUCCCAGCCAAUCAUCUCUCACCAGAUGGGGCUACAGGCCUCUCUUCACUCCCCACCACCAGGACAGCAGGGUUUUUCCCACCUCCAGUCAGAGUACCAGAAGAGCAUUGGGGGUUCCCAGUCACCAGGAGCCCCUGGCUCUGGGCCCGGUCCUGGAGUGGCUCAGACCCAUGAGUGGGAUGGAGAAUACUGCAAUCGGGAGUGCGGCAACCACUGCAGUGGAAGCAUGAUAGGCAGGGACAAGCCCCUCUACCUCACCUGAAACUGAAGAUUAUCCUCUGCUGACAAAUGACGACACCGAGGAGUCUAUUCUCAUCCCACUCUGUUCUCCUCACCCAGCCCCGACCUCCUUCCUCUCACAUCAUGUGUACACUUUACAUACAGCCACACACAAACACAUUCAGAUUCCUGAAACUGUUAUCAUCAACCUGUUUAUUUUUCAUUGUUAAUGUAAUUAUUAUUUCUUGCAGUUUCUAGAGUUUGUGACCAGUUUUUUGACUAGAUGACUACUGUCUGUACCACUUAUUGUAUUAACAGUCUUCUUGCUGUUUAAAUUUGCCAAGCACUUAUAAAAUCCCUCCCCCCUUUUCCUUCUCUUCCUCCUCCUCUUCUUCCUCAUUCUCCUCCUUCUCGUCCUCCUCCUCCAUGCCUCCUCAGUUAUAUGCCUGAGCCCUCUCUGAUCUGGGCUGUGGAGUGCUCCUCUUGUGUGUCACCAUCAAAAAGACCCCUUAGGGAUCCCAUUCAGCUUUAAGUAGAAAAAAAUAAGUGUUCCUCCUUUUUUCCACCCUAUUUUUGUAGUUUUCUUUGCUUUUGUUGGUGUUUCUGUCUUAUUUAUUUCUUGCUGGCUAUUUUGUUUCUCUCUCUCUUUUUUUGCAUUUUUCCUAGUAAGCCCUGUAUCAUAGAGAAAUAUUAACUCCUAGUAUGUUGAGCAUAGGCCUUGAUGUUAUGGUAGCUGUGCUUACGGGCCAGAAGAUUAAAGGCUUGGUGGGGAAUGAGACAGAAAAACAAAGCAAAUCUUUUUUAUUAUUAAUAAAGACCUGUAGAGGUCUACUGAGCUGUCACAGUGUGAUUGUAAAUAUCACUUUUGUGGAAUCAAAUUGGGAAUUAAAAGUCCAAAUAGAUUUGUUCCUCUAAAAGUACAUGUAUGUUAAUGUAUGUGUGUGAGUACGUCAGGACGUUAGAAUGUACCCCAUUCAUGGCGUGGUAUGAGUGUGUGCGACCAGAGGACUAGUAAGUGUGACUCUCUCUGUGUUUGAGUCUUUCCUGUGAAUUUAACAAUCCCGUGCAGCUGGAUUUCGGAGGAGUAUUUCACACUUUCACUCUCGCAUUAAAUCUGUGCUCACUCGUGUGUUGUUGUUUUAUUCAGACAAAAUUCAGACCGAAUAUACAAUAUAUGUCCUGCAGACCAUUAAACAGAAAGAGCAAGGUGAGAGACAGAGAGCACAGAGAUGGAAAAGAAAUGCUGUGAGAUAAAAUGAGAUGUAAAGUUUCAGAUAGGAAAGUAGGGGGUGGGAUUAAUGCCUCAAAAUAAUCACCCCUCCCUUCUUUUGUUUAGCUGUCUGACCAAUGUAUCCAUGUUGUCUCCUCACCACCCAGGAGGGGGGGGGGGGACCUGCAACGUGAACAUACACAUCACAAGUAAUUUUUAUAAGUUUCUGGUUCGUGUUUGGUUGUGUUUUUAACUCUUGUGUGAUUAACGGAAAAUGCAUUUUGCUGACAAAGACAUCUCGUUUUUAUCUCUUUUUGUGUAGCAGAAUUUCAGUUCUAGUUGCUGCAACACAAUAACAUUUUAAGUUGUGUAAAAAAAAUACAAAACAAACAAAAAAAAACUGCCAACUGUAGUUAUAUUAUUUGUAAAACAAGUAAUGAUAAAUAUUUGAAAUGGUUAUUCCUACAUUGUUCCUUUUUUUGCUAGUUACCCAUCAGCUGUUUGACAGGUUUUCUUAUUUAUAAAAGAAAUGAGAUCAAUUUUGCUUCUUACAAUGGAGGUGUAUUUUUAUUCUUAUUUUAUUAUUCUCUGCUUUGGUUUGAUAAAUAAUGAUGAUGACGAUCACAAGGAUGAUUAUUUAGUUAUUUUUUAUAUAUAUUUUGGAUGCUGCCUUCUUUUUCUUUCCUUGCCAGCAGCAUCACUUUCUGUCAUAAUGCUUCUUUUAUUUCAGACCUGCAUAAUAAAGAAAAAAGUUCAAAAAGUGA